AUGACGAUGUGCGGUCAACAUCACGACCAUCUUAUUCCGAUAUUUGGAAAUAUUCCAAAUAUCUCGCUGCAUCAACAUCUCACUUACUUCUCUCUCAAGGAAGCUUCUAAGUUCGCCAAGAUUUGGGUUCCGUUCUGCAAAAUAUACAACGUUAAAGUUAGAGCUCCUUUUCGAUAUUUCUUAAACCCUCUUGCCGCAACAGAGGAUUCUGAAUUCUGUAGAGAUUGGAAAAUGAUCAAGAUGGAGUACGAGAAGUUAUGCUGGAAAGUGGAAGAUGCCACCGGAGAUUCUCAUUUGUUGGGUACAGAAGAUGAAUUGGAAGCUUUCUCAAACACAAAAUCAAAUGAUCAUUCAACAAUAAUUAAGGUGGUAUGGGAGAACAAAGGAGGUGCAGGAGACGAGAAAGAGGUCCCUCAUAUCGUAUACAUUUCAAGAGAGAAAAGACCAAACUACCUUCAUCAUUACAAAGCUGGAGCCAUGAACUUUCUGGCAAGAGUAUCAGGGUUGAUGACAAAUGCACCAUACAUGUUGAACGUAGACUGCGACAUGUAUGCAAACGAAGCCGAUGUGGUGCGACAAGCAAUGUGUAUAUUUCUGCAAGGAUCACCGAAUCCAAAUCAUUGUGCUUUUGUUCAAUUCCCUCAAGAGUUUGAUGGUCUUAGAGUUAAGAAUCUUUAUCGAUCAAUAUUUAAAUCUUUAUUUUUCUUUCUUUGUUGAAAUUAGUAUAUGGGACGAGGAGCUGCAGGAAUCCAAGGAGCAAGCAUCAUCCUCGU